CUACUCUCUCUACUAUCUCUCUCUCUCUCUCUCUCUCUCUCUCUCUCUCUCUCUAUAUCUCUCUGGCCGGCUCCUCCUCACCGUCGCAGAUCUACCUUCUCCGUUUCGUCGACCGUUCAUCAGCUCCCGUCAGAUCCACCGCGAUCUGACUCCCUCCGCCUCCGCCGCCGCCGCCGAGACUUAAAGAUAUGGAGAAUCUCAUCUCGCUCGUCAACAAAAUCCAAAGAGCUUGCACUGCUCUCGGCGACCACGGCGAGGCCAGCGCAUUACCGACUCUCUGGGACGCCCUUCCCUCCAUCGCCGUCGUCGGUGGCCAGAGUUCAGGCAAGUCUUCCGUGUUGGAGAGCAUUGUCGGGAAGGACUUCUUACCCCGUGGUUCUGGUAUUGUUACUAGGCGUCCUCUUGUGUUGCAGCUUCAUAAGAUUGAUGAAGGCAGCAGAGAAUAUGCAGAGUUUCUCCAUCUCCCGAGGAAAAGGUUCACUGAUUUUGCUGCUGUACGAAAGGAAAUUUCAGAUGAGACGGAUCGUGAAACUGGCCGCAGCAAAAUGAUCUCCAGUGUUCCAAUUCAUCUUAGCAUAUAUUCUCCUAAUGUUGUCAACUUGACACUUGUUGAUCUUCCUGGGCUUACAAAAGUUGCUGUUGAGGGUCAGCCAGACAGUAUUGUGCAGGACAUUGAAAAUAUGGUUCGCUCCUACAUUGAGAAGCCCAACAGUAUAAUUUUAGCAAUUUCACCUGCCAAUCAAGAUCUUGCUACAUCUGAUGCAAUUAAAAUCUCUCGUGAAGUGGAUCCAACAGGGGAGAGGACACUCGGAGUCUUGACAAAAAUUGAUCUUAUGGAUAAGGGUACUGAUGCAGCUGAAAUAUUGGAAGGAAAGUCUUAUCGCCUGAAAUUCCCUUGGGUUGGGGUUGUGAAUCGCUCUCAAGCAGAUAUCAACAAGAAUGUGGACAUGAUUGCUGCUCGGCGUAGAGAACGUGAGUAUUUUUCAACUACCCCCGAAUACAAGCACCUUGCUCACAGAAUGGGCUCUGAGCAUCUAGCAAAAAUGCUUUCUAAGCAUUUGGAGACUGUAAUUAAGACAAAAAUCCCAGGCAUCCAGUCCCUUAUUAACAAGACAAUUAGUGAACUCGAAACUGAGCUGAGUCGUCUUGGAAAGCCCAUUGCUACUGAUGCAGGAGGGAAACUGUAUGCAAUCAUGGAGAUUUGUCGUAUGUUUGAUGGAACAUAUAAAGAACAUCUUGAUGGAGUGCGUCCUGGAGGUGAUAAGAUUUACAAUGUUUUUGAUAACCAACUUCCUGCGGCUCUGAAAAGAUUGCAAUUUGAUAAGCAACUUUCAAUGGAAAAUAUAAGAAAGCUCAUCACCGAAGCUGAUGGGUAUCAACCUCAUCUAAUAGCUCCGGAACAAGGAUACCGUCGUCUCAUUGAAUCCUCGGUGAUUAGUAUAAGAGGUCCUGCUGAGGCUGCAGUUGAUGCGGUUCAUGGCCUUUUGAAGGAUCUUGUUCACAAGGCUGUAAAUGAGACUCCGGAGCUAAGGCAGUAUCCUGGUCUUAGAGUAGAGGUGACAAAUGCAGCUUGCGAGUCACUUGAGAGAAUGAGAGAAGAAAGCAAGAAAGCAACGCUACAGUUAGUUGAUAUGGAGUGUAGUUACCUGACAGUUGAUUUCUUUCGGAAACUUCCUCAAGAUGUUGACAAGGGUGGCAAUCCAUCACAUUCACUGUUUGACAGAUACAAUGAUUCUUAUCUCAGGCGAAUUGGAUCAAACGUUCUGGCAUAUGUCAAUAUGGUUUGUGCAAGUUUACGUAACUCCAUUCCCAAGUCUGUUGUUUAUUGCCAAGUCAGAGAGGCAAAACGAAGCUUAUUGGACCGUUUCUUCACUGAUAUGGGUAAACUAGAUGCAAAGCAGUUGUCCUCUUUACUGAAUGAGGAUCCGGCAGUUAUGGAGAGGCGUUCUGCCCUUGCGAAGAGGUUGGAGCUAUAUAGGAGCGCCCAAGCGGAGAUGGAUACAGUUGCUUGGUCUAAGUAGAAGUGCAGCAGGGAUGCACUGUUUCUUUUCGAUGUGGAUUUUGUCUUGAAGGCCACAUGAUUCAUUCAUUUAAAGACUUGGUUCUAACGGGAAAAGUGGAGUCGGCGGCAUCUUUUUGUAUUCUAUGUACCAACAAAUUCCCGGGGAGCUUAUGUCAUCUUUCACAUUCAUGUCGUUUAAACAUUCACAUUUUCACUUUGUAACAGCCACAAUAUAUAGUAUAUAUGAUUUGCUUGAUGGAUGUGCCUUAUUUUGAUC